UCCAUCAGGAUCAUCCUCUCUCUCUCUCUCUCUCUCUCCCUGGCGGCACCUGUUACACAAACUUCCCAAUCAACCAGGUGUCGGUGCUCCCAAAAAUCCAGGGUCCCGCGGCAGAUUCUGAAAUCAACAAUCGUCAAUUCCAGAUCUAUCGUCACAGCUCUGAAUCUGAUGCCUUUAAUAACAGCAAUUCACUCCUCUUCUUCCCUGUUCAUGCUUAGGUCUGCUACUGCUUGAAGAGUAGUAAAUCCUCGCAUUGCAAUGUCGACAUUGAUAGCGAGUGCUAAAUAUUCGAACGGCCACGAGGUUCGGUUCGCGAGCCCUGCAGGCGCCAAAUCAGAUCCAGUUCCAAAGGAUUUCGGCAAUGGCGACGUCGAUACGCCGCCGCCGCCGUUCAGGAUCUUCAUUGGCUACGAUGCGCGCGAAGACAUCGCCUACGAGGUCUGCCGCUACUCCAUCCUCAAGCGAUCCUCCAUUCCGGUCGAGAUCUCGCCGAUCAAGCAGUCCGAUGUGAGGGAACGUGGCGUGUACUGGCGAGAGAGAGGCAAGCUCGAGAGCACCGAGUUUUCCUUCACGCGGUUCUUGACGCCCUACCUGGCCGGUUAUCAAGGCUGGGCGCUGUUCGCGGAUUGCGAUUUUCUCUACUUGGCGGACGUUAAGGAACUGGUCGAAUUGCUCGACGAUAAAUACGCUGUAAUGUGCGUUCAACACGAUUACGCGCCGAAAGACGCCACGAAGAUGGACGGCGCCAUUCAGACGAAUUAUCCGAGGAAGAACUGGUCGUCGAUGGUGCUGUACAAUUGCGGCCAUCCGAAGAACCGAGUGUUGACGCCGGAGGUUGUGAAUUCUGAGUCGGGAGCGUUCCUCCACCGAUUCCAGUGGCUGGAUGACGAUGAGAUUGGGUCCGUCCCAUUCGUUUGGAACUUCCUAGUGGGGCAUAACCAGGUGGUGGAAGGCGACGCCAGUACUUUCCCCAAGGCCAUCCAUUACACUCUGGGAGGGCCCUGGUUUGAGGCAUGGAAAGAGUGCGAAUUCGGCGAUCUCUGGAUUCGGGAAAUGGAGGAGUACGAGAAGACGACGGUUAAGCACUGAGCUUCGAAAUCAGGUAAUUAAUGGCAGUUGGCUUCUUGCAGUAGUGUAGAUUUGUGUACUUGUCUCGUUUUUGGAUAUGUCAGUGUUCUCUUGUUAGACCGAUGCGUACUGGGAGGUAGCUAAAUCGGUUUUAAGCUACCUGUACUGUAUGCGAUCCGUUUGUUGUUUCUUUCAUUCAUGCGUGUUCCAAAGUACCGAAGUGUCGCAUCUAAUAAGCCGCACUGGUAGGUAAAAUGGGCAUAUAAGCUAUCAUGCGUGUGUUAUUCGUGGAGUGUCAUAUCUAAUUCAGAGGACGU